UCAACUGCCUGACGAGCACGAGCCGCGCGCAUGCGCGCUGCGCAGGGUAGUUACAGCCUCCAAGCUAGCAAAGCGCUGCGCGAGACAUCGACGGAAGCAUCUCCGCGUGACCCCCCCCCCUUCGCAGACGGUAUGGCGGUCAACGUGUUCUCCACAUCCGUGUCCAUCGACAAUCUGAGUCGACAUGACAUGCUGGCAUGGGUCAACGACUCGCUUCAUCUCAACUACACCAAGGUGGAGCAGCUGUGCUCAGGAGCGGCUUACUGCCAGUUCAUGGACAUGCUGUUCCCCGGCUGCGUCCUUCUGAAGAAGGUCAAGUUUCAGGCCAAGCUGGAGCACGAGUUCAUACACAACUUCAAAGUCCUUCAGGCCGCCUUCAAGAGGAUGAGCGUGGACAAGAUCAUCCCAGUCGAAAAGCUGGUCAAAGGGAAGUUCCAGGACAACUUUGAGUUUGUUCAGUGGUUCAAGAAGUUCUUUGACGCCAACUACGACGGAAAGGAGUACGACCCGAUCCUCGCCAGGCAGGGGCAGGAUGGGGUCCCGCCCCCCAACCCAGGACCACCGCGGACGUCCCCAACAGUUCCUAAGAACAUGCCGAUCCCACAGCGGGUCCAGCACAACCCCCCAGCCGUGAGGAAGAACGCGUCCUUGUCCAGAAAUGGGGGCAGCGAUGGAGACAUCAUAGAGCUCAACCAACAGCUGAUGGAGCUGAAGCUGACGGUGGACAGUCUGGAGAAGGAACGGGACUUCUACUUCAGCAAGCUGCGGGACAUCGAGCUGAUCUGCCAGGAGCACGAGAGCGAGAACAGCCCCACCCUCAGCGGGAUCGUCGACAUUCUGAUGGCUUUGCCCCCCCGGAUGAUGAAGACUUGGACGAACAAGCCCACCUGGACCAGGAUGAAUACUGAGCCCCGCCCCCUGGACCUCCUUCAUUUCCUGAUCUUUUUUUGUCUUCCACCUUUUUUCCCAAAUGUUUGAUUUCUCCGCUUCAUGGUUUGUGAAGGUAAUGGUGUAGUGGGAGAGCGUCUGCGACUGGGAAGUUGUGGGUUCAAAUCCACCAUGGUUGACGAACACCAAAGACUCCAGAAAUGGGACCCAAAGUGUCCCUGCUUUACACUCGGCUCUACAAUGCUGGAACGGGGGGGGGGUAAACCAGCAAGAGGUUCCGGAGCGCGUAGUUCCUUUUUUUUUUGGGGGGGGGGGGGUCAACUGCAUUUCACAUGAUGGGAUUUACACCUACAAAGAAGAAAAUCAUCAACCAAGCUGCUCCCCAGCUCUAACGUGGAACCAGCUGGAACCUUCAGACAAAUCCACCAAAAACCAGAAGAAACUGAACUUUUGAUCCAACUGCUCUCUGUUCUGGCAUGUUUUCAAAAGGAUGUCAUGAGUCGACCCAUCAUUUUCUGUUUGCUUGUCCUGGUUCUGAUGGCUGGUGACUUUGUCUGAUGUGGGUGGGGGUCCAGCGAGGACCUGAAGCCAGAGUCCAUCUCAGCGCUGCCAUGAAACAGCAGAAUGUCAAACAAAGUGUCACCAGGGACGUUCUUCCCGCCGACAAGUGGUGUGAUGUAACAGACGUCCUCAUCGGAUCUGGGGGGUUAGCUCUGAUCAGAGGGAAAACGUUAGGGGGCGAUCUGUGGGGGGCGGGGGGCCCUGUUCCUGAAAUGAGACGGAGAGAUGAGGAGCUGAAACAAGAAUGAUGCUUUGGGUUUGGAGAAGAAGCUUGUUUGCAGAUUUUCUGUUUUUAUUGUUAAAAAUCCGUUUGGCCUGUGUGUACACUAAACCCCCCCCCCCCCCCCCCACAGAGACGGCCCCUUCAUGCAAACACAGGGAUGCCUGCAUCUGUCCUGCAGAAAGGGCUGAGACAGACGUUGGGUUGAAGUUUGUAAAGAUGUGUAGCAUGAAUUUAUUUAUUUAUUUAUGUCUUGGAAGCUUUUUAGGUGAAGCCAGAGCUGCUCCAGGGUGGUGUCAGCUUCACCCUGGGCUGGAUCGGCCAGAAAAGUGACUUGAAACCCUAAUAAAUCAAUAUUUAUUCCCCUACUUCUCAUCAGGUCCCCCAAGAUGUAGAUCUGAUGUAUUCAGAGCUGCUGUUGGUUUUGAGUUUCACAGCAUGAUGGGAGAUAAUCAGCAGCUACUGAUCAUCAGCUGAAGGAAGUGCUGACUGACAGGAUGGAUGCUUCCGGUGCUUAAGGGCAGGUGGAGCAGCUUGCGGCAGCAUGGUCAUGUAGCAGGUGUGCUUCAUGGUGUUCUGUGAAGGCGUUCUGACGGAACAGAAGUAUCUGGAACGUCUGCUAAGUUUUGAAUAAAGCAGCCGUGAGCAGAACCCUGCAUGUUCUCUUCUGUUCUAGGAGGGAUUCAUUGUUGUGGGGGACUACCAGCCCCGCCUGUAGGGGGUGUUGUUGUUGUGGUGCUCGUUCUUUUUAGGCCGGCGGGGGUCCUGCCCCGAGCUGCUGUGUUGGGCGGGGGCUUGGAGUGAAUGGAUCCCCGUUAUACCGAUUCCUCACAGCAGAACCGAGCCCGACUUUCUUUAAACUGCAGUUCUGGGUUUAGGGUUAUAUUGGGGGAAGUGGGUGGGUGGAGGGAAGAAUCUGAUGAGGGAGGGGGGCCAACUGUUUGUAAUUGUCCUGUGUUUUUACUGCUUUUAUUAAUUUUCAUCUUUUAUAAGUAUUUUACUUGCUUUUAUGUAAACCGCUCUGUGUUUUUAGUUGGAAUGAAAGACGCUACAAAUAAAGUUUCAGUCAGAGAAUCAGAAACGUUCACACGUUUGGCUAAAAGGUGGAACAGUUGGCACAUUUGGAACAGAAAUGAUGGAAUUCUGAUGUCAGACGUGUUGGUGGGUGGUUACGAUGGUAUGAUCACAUGGAUCCCUCUUAACCAGAGUCAGUGAUCUGUUGUGACCAGAAACCUUGGAGUCCUCAUGAAGAAGACUUUUAACUCUCACAUGAAUCAGCAAUGUCCUUUAAUCUGCACAGCAUUUCCCUCUUCAGGAGCAUCCGGGUUCAGAAUGAGAGAGAACGGAGUUCCAGCGUUUGUUUCUGCUGGACUUUCUUUACCAUCCGGCUGUUCAGAAACCCCUAAAACCUUCAGCUUCAGUCUGAAUGUGAAGUAGAUCAGAAUCACCAGUUUUAGCUUGAUGUCAUUGCUGCCUAGUAAAAGGCAGAACAUGGUGGUUUUCUGGCUUUCUCAGGCACACACACACACACACACAUGAAGACUGAAUGGUCCAGAGGGCAUUUUAUUCACAAAUUUCACAUAUCAAACACAAAAGCAGGAACAAGCAAAAACCUGAACUCUGAAAUGAGUCCUCGCAGCUUUUUAGACAAAACUUGGAACACCACAGCAGUUAUUCAUUUUCCAAACAAGGGCAGAAGAACGCGACAUGAACGAUGAUCUCACCUUUAGCAGACACAAAAAAGACAACAGUUGCAAUCCAGACUUGUAGAGAGAGGUAACCAGGACACUAAAGAAUAUUAUGAAGCCUUCCUUUAGUUAAACUGUGGGGUUUAAAUGCAGCAGAACAUUGGAGGUUACAGAGUUCCUGUCCAGGACUAGACAGACUCUACCAACCAGACGCUCCACCAUUUAGAUGCCAUACCAACCAGACACUGCACCACGCAGACGAUCUACCAAGCAGACGCUCUACAGACAUAGACGCUGCAACAACCCAUUGUUUGGUUCAUUCUCUGUUUUUAACAGUUUCUCUCAAGUCCUACAUUCUAUCACCAAAGUUUAAUGAAUAAAGUUCUUCAGGGGAUGGGGUCUUUAUGAUAACUAAAGAACUUAAUGAUGCAAGCGCAUCCACCAAUCACCUUAGGCCCACCUUUGAACUACAGUUUGAAUUGAAGAUAACUCUGAAAAAUGUAAAUGCGAGGGUGUGAAAUUCCAGAAAUACUUUUGAAAAUCAGUCAUGAAAAUGCCGCUAAGAACUUUUAAAUAAAUUCUCUGAAAGAACUGGA